GACACUAGCCAAUCCAGUUGGCACAUAAAAGGAAUUUUCUCGGCGCUUUGUCAUCGAACCACGAGGCGUGGACAAACACCGGUAAUAUCACCAUGAGUACUAUGUCAUUGCGAGGACCUUCCCUUUCAAACUUCUUGAAAGAAGGCUCGAGACAUUACCAAGGAGUUGAGGAAGCCGUAUUUCGCUGCAUCGAGGCAUGCGGCCAGCUUGCUCGCACCGUGUCCUCCGCCUACGGGCCAAAUGGGCUCAACAAAAUGGUAAUCAACCACCUGGAGAAGCUUUUUGUCACAAACGACGCUUCAACCGUCAUCAGCCAGCUCGACGUGCAGCAUCCAGCGGCCAAGCUCCUGGUGAUGGCAUCGCAGAUGCAAGAAAAAGAGGUAGGCGAUGGUACGAAUUUUGUUGUAAUGUUCGCUGGUGCGCUGCUUGGAAACUCCGAAGAUCUGAUCCGAACGGGGCUCACUCCUGUGGAGGUUGUCGAGGGUUACGAACUGGCGCUGAAGAAAACGUUGGAGAUCCUUCCAAAUCUGACGGCGUACGAAAUCAAAGACACUCAUCACGACGUACAGGUCAUGAAGGGAGUCCGCACCGCUAUCAUGAGCAAGCAACUCGGCCAGGAAGACUUUCUUGCAGAUCUAGUUGUUAAAGCCUGCAUUAGCAUUUACCCCGAAAAGUCUGCAUCAUUUAAUGUCGACAACGUCCGCGUUUGCAAGAUCCUGGGCUCUGGCGUCGAGAAGUCGUGCGUCAUCCAAGGCAUGGUCUUCAAACGACAGAUCGAAGGCGACGUGACGAAGGCGAAAGACGCAAAGGUUGCUGUUUAUACAUGCGCUGUGGAUUCCAUGCAAACGGAAACUAAAGGAACUGUUCUCAUCAAGACUGCCAGCGAGCUAAGGAACUUCUCGCGCGGCGAAGAGAAUCUUCUGGAGUCUCAAAUCAAAGCCAUCGCCGACGCCGGAGCCAAGGUGGUCGUGUCUGGUGGUAAAAUUGGUGACAUGGCGCUACACUACCUCAACAAGUACGGCAUCAUGGCGGUCCGACUCAUGUCCAAGUUUGACGUUCGUCGCGUCUGCCGUGUAGUGGGUGCCACCCCGCUUCCCAAGUUGACGGCCCCUACUCCCGAAGACCUUGGUCUGUGUGACUCUGUCUACGUGGACGAAAUUGGAGAGACGCCCGUAAUUGUUUUCAGGCAGGAGGGUCAGGAGUCUCGCAUCGCGACCAUCGUCGUUCGAGGUUCCACUGACAGCCUGAUGGAUGAUAUCGAACGUGCAAUCGACGACGGUGUCAACGCCUUCAAAGCAAUCACUCGGGACGGUCGACUUGUACCAGGAGCAGGCGCAACGGAGAUGGAGCUUGCCUGUGAAGUCACCUCCUAUGCUGAAACUUUACCAGGCCUCGAGCAGUAUGCUGUCAAGAAGUUUGCUGAAGCUCUCGAGUGCGUUCCAAAAGCACUCGUGGAGAACGCCGGUGUUGGGCGACCAAUGGAUGUUCUGUCUAAGCUCUACGCUGCACAUAACGAAGGGAAGAAGUACUUUGGUUUUGACAUUGAACCGGAACAGGUUUCAGGGGGAACAAAGGAUGCCGUUGAAGCCGGUGUGUUGGACUUGUACCUAACAAAGUUCUGGGGGCUUCAGUACGCUACUCGUGCAGCUACGACAGUACUGAAGGUGGAUCAAAUCAUCAUGUCAAAACCAGCAGGAGGGCCAAAGGCACCAAAGCAGGCAGGUGGUGACUGGGAUGAAGAUAAAUGAAGCGGGACAUUGAAGUUAUGUGGGAUUUCGUUGCCUGUCAUCUCGUACACUACACAUCACAUUUGUUUCUUUUUCAAGUGCUUGGAACCAUAUAUUGGAAUAAAUUAAGCUUUGUUUGAUA